AUGGCGGUCGAUAUGUCAGCGCUGUCUCGAAUGCAGAUAGAGGCAUUUUUUGAGAGAAACGCUCCUGUCACGCAGAAGCAAUGCAAUGAUAAAGCUAAAAACAUAACAGGCAAGUCUGUCAGUCCAACAGCUUGCCAAGGCGGAACCAGCUACACCGUCGACACGGGGCAAGUCGUCGUCCAGUUCCGCGUUCCAGGCUCCCUUCUGGACAUGGUCUUCAUGAAUUGUGUCGAACAAGCCUACCCAGACUUCACGCCAGAGCACAAGGACUGUGGCUCGUUUCAUAAUCUCCACAUCUAUACAAUGAACAAUAUCGGGGGCACCUCCAUGUAUCUCGCCCGAGCCUACUUGCAAGGGAACAACUACGAGCUCCUGCGAAACACCAUCGACAGCUACGCAAGAUUCUUCGCCUCGGCGUAUCAUAACACGCCUGGGUCGAUGAGCAAGCCAGAUCGCGGGCAGCUUCUUCGAGAUUACUCGUCGCAACUCCAACGGCUACGCAAGGGGCUCCCCGAUCGCUUUCACACAACGCUAGACACCCUCAUCCCCCAACUCCCAAGUAUCUUUGAUCAGAACUGGCCAUUGGUGCCCAACCACACCGACCUCCUCGAGAACAACAUCCACGUGGAUCCAGACACGGGCGCCAUCGUGGGCAUCUGUGACUGGAGGGAUGCCGAGGUCAGUCCCUUUGGCAUGUCGCUGGGGGGGCUUGAGACUAUGCUUGGGGUCCGGACGAUGAAUGAGCACGGUUGGAGCUACUUCCCCAACCAUAGUGAGCUCCGAGAGCAGUUCUGGACCACAUUUUACCAUUACCUGGGAUCAACGUCUGAAGCGCAGCAGCAGUGCAUCGAGGUUGCGAGGCUGACUGGCCUCUUCCUGGCCAAUGGCUUCGUGCAGGACAAAUACGGGCACAUGAAUCCGGCCACCGAGGAGAGCUUGGACUUACGUUACCUCGGUGCUGUUGUUCUCGCCUGA